AUGUCAUCGCCAACCUCGUCGGUCUCUUCGAAGCUGCCGGCUUUACCGCGCGGCUCAUAUUUCAAGAAAGAUUGGAAAAUCAUAAAGAAACUUGGUUCUGGUGCAUUUGGAAGUGUAUAUGAAGCAUUCGAUUUGCGGAGACAGCAAAGGUUUGCAAUGAAGGGUGCUCGACACGCUUGUGGCUUGAUUGAAUUCGGAACGAUGGAUGGCAUGAACUACAUCGCCAUGUCCUUAGUGGGCAAGAACCUUGAAGACCUUCGACGUCAAUGCCCCAGAAAGCGCUUUGGCGUCGGCACCACCACCAGACUGGCGAUUCAAUGUUUGGACGCCAUCCAAGAACUGCACAACAUCGGUUACCUGCACAGGGAUGUAAAGCCACAAAAUUACGCGAUCGGUUUGCAUGCGUAUGACCGACACAAAGUGUACCUUCUUGACUUUGGCCUGGCCAGGAAGUUUGUGAAAGACGGCAAACUGCGAACCAAACGACGGAAACCAGGAUUCUGCGGCACAAUCACCUACGCCUCGGUCAAUGCGCACAAAGGCAGAGAACUCGGACGCCAUGAUGACCUCUUAUCCCUGUUUUACAUGGUGAUUGAGUUCAUCAGAGGUCAUCUACCGUGGUCACACGUUCAUGACAAAAGGACAUGCGGACACAUGAAACAAGACCUACCGGUAAUGGUCUUUAAAUUUGUGCCUGAUGAUCAUGCACUGAGAUUUCGUUAG